CAAGCUGCUGAGCACCGCGGCUGCCGGCCAGGGCUCCUGCUGUCCCCAUGGUGUCCCUUGAAGGUUUGGUGGCCGCAGCUGCGGUGCUCACCAGCCUGGGCCUCCUGCUCUGGAGCCUUUGGGCAGGGAGGCUGGAGGUGCCUGGAGACUUGGGCGAGGAGGAGGAGGGGAUCCCUUUCAUUGCCGAGGAUGGCUCAGGGUGCUGCCGGCUGCUGUGUAAGCCCUCGGCACUGGCCCAGCACCUGGUGCGGAACUUGGGGUGGUUGGCGACCCUGCGUGGGGGCCACUGGCUGUGGCUGCGCUGGCCCCGGCUCCAGAUGCUGUGGCAGCUCCUGCAGCUGCCCGAGCCAGAACCAGCGGUGGCCCGGGAGCUCCUGCAGAUGCCUGACACUGGGCUGGUGGCCUUGGACUGGCUGGUGGGGCCACAGGGGACCAGGAGCAGGAGCGGCAGCAGCGGAAGGGGCCCCAGCUCAGUGCUGCUGCUCAUCCCCAACGCUGCUGGGAAGGUGACGGGGGGGUUGCUGCAGCUGGGGCUGCGGGCGCUGGAGCGGGGAUUCAUCCCUGUCAUCUUCAACCGCCGGGGUCACAACGGCUGCCCUCUCACCACCCCCCGGCUCCAGCCCUUCGGGGACCCCGGGGACCUGCGGGAAGCCGUGACCUACCUGCGGUGCCGAUACCCCAGCGCGGCGCUGCUGGCUGCCAGCGAGGGCUCGGGCUCGGGGCUGCUCCUGGCCUACCUGGGGGAGAGCGGCUCCUCCAGCCACCUGGCCGCCGCCGCCUGCAUCUCCCCCAUCUUCCGCGGCCGGGACUGGUUUGAGUCUAGGAUGCCCUGGCUCUACGAGUGGCCACUGCUCCUGCACCUCAAGAAGGGACUCAGCAGGUACACGAGGUCCCUGGCCAAGGCACUGGACAUGGAGGCGCUGCUGGGCAGCCGGUCGCUGCGGGAGCUGGAGGAAGCCCUCUUCUGCCAGACCCGGAGCCACCCCACCAGCUGGGAUUCCUACUGGGAGCGCAACGAGCCCCUGCGCGAGGCGGACGAGGCGGCGGUGCCGGUUCUGUGCCUCUGCAGCGCCGAUGACCCCGUCCGCGGCCCCCCGGCCCCCAGCCUGCCCCUCGAGCUCUUCCGCACUAGCCCCUACUUCUUCCUGCUGCUGACCCCCCGUGGGGGACACUGCGGGUUCCCCCAGUGGGGAACGGGGAGCUGCUGGGGCCACGAGGCCGUGCUGGAAUACUUCAGGGCCACGGGUGAGUUCCUGGGGGCAGAGGAGAGGAGGAAGGGGCUGCUGCGGCCCCGCAGGUGGGGGGGGCCCAUUGUUGAGCCCCCCAUCUUCACCUGGCAGAGGUCCUACACCCGGUAGCCCCCCAAGCACAAGGGGGGGUGCUUAGAAAGGCAGGCAGACACUCCGUGUACUAAAAUUACUUUAUUACAGUUGAUUUUUUUUUUUUAACAUUUCCUUUGCUAUGAUACAAAGGAUACUUACAAACAAAAUAUUACAUAUGACCUUAUUUUUUUUCUCUUCUUUUCUGACAACUUGGUAACAGCUUUAAAUGCACAAUCUAUACAAUUAAUACAGGUUAUAUAUGAGCUAUAAUGUAUGUUGACCAGAAGAAUACCAGAAUACUGACAAUAUACUGUACAUUAAGCCUUA